GUUCAGAGCAAUUCAAACUGGAUAACAUUUUUUAUAGUUGGUAAGGAGCAUAACUCGGCCAUCGAAAUAUGCAGGCCACAGCCAUCUUAGGUUUCUUGUUGUCAACUGUCCUUACCUUAUGUUGGGCGGACGUAUAUCUCCACUUUCCCGGAGGUAGCAACAACAGAUUAAACGGGAAUGGUGUCAACGUCAGGAAUCCCAACAGGCUGUUUGACUCUCAGAACAAUGGCAAAGCCGGUUACAAUGUCGGAGACAGCGGAAUCAACGCUACCAAAAACGAGAUACCGGAAACGAGGCAGCGUCCAUUGGAAUUUUUCAUGAGCGGCUGUGAAGAGGAUGCAAAAACCGAGGUUGAAAUUAUGUGGACAAACCAACAUGGAACGGGACCAAAGAGUGAAGAUAUAGUGGAAUCACAAAUCAUCCUGCAAUACAUGUGUCAACCGUAUCCUCAAGGAAACGUAACUGAUAUCAACGAAGAUUUCCAGUUGUAUACCAUCCGUAAUGGUGCACAACGUACUACACAAAGGUUCUCGGUCUCGAUGCAAGAAUCGCGUGUGAUAGAGAAAGACCGCGGGCUACACGAGCCUUUAGCAUACUACAGAUCCUAUCGGCACAGAGACGGAAACAAAGGUUUGUUUACCGCUGAUCAAAACCUGAAAGGUGACAGUGCAAUUUACACCAGGCAGAACGCAAAUGGGAAGAGAAGGGGAUUUGAAGUGCCAGAGGAACGUGAUUACUAUCCCUACUGGGGCCCCACCCCCUGGAAGGACAUUGCUAUCAUGGUCAGUGACAAAACCACAAAAGGAGUGAUAAGGGAAUAUGUUAACAGUGCAAAUUAUGGUGACAAGGGGUUGUGCAUCAUAAAGAAUGGUGUCCGAAAACAUCUAUGUCCAAGAAUACCUCCACUCAACAGACGAAACGCAGAAUGUGUGGCCAGGUUCAUUACACAGGCUUCGUGCGAACAGGCAGGAGGAAGGUGGACCAUAGUAAAAACAAACUUUAAAGAGAAAUCCUCUGGCGCCAAGUCUUGUGCCAACAUUAAGACCGUCAAGGGCGUGGCGUAUGAGCCUCAUCUGAUAACACAGGGUACUGGAGAGGGCGAGCAAGAUCUUGUUCUGGCAGACCCCCCUGAGGUGAUAUACGCACCAUCCACAGUUGUGAAUCACAAUGGCAUGAACAUGGACGGGAAGUUCUCUUCAUACAAAUGGAAGAUUCCUCAUUUUCCCUCCAACACUAUUCAGCGAUGCGUAUUGAGAAUCAGAUAUAACAUCACGACAAAAGAUGUACCGAGGAAUUUUGAUGCUUCAAAUAACAAUGACGUCAAAAAUGACCCUACAACACUUGCUGUUAACGGCAAAACCAAGCUUCAACUGGCCUUGAACACAGCUCAACUGGGUCGAACAUUCCAGGACAGAUCGCAUGUAAUCAUCAUCAAGCCAAGAAAGUUGUUACCAAGACGAUUCCAGAAUUCCAAAAUCUACUACAUCGGAGGAAUGGGAAAGAGAGGAAACAUCGUUCAGACUUAUCCAGCCAUGGAAUAUCGCUUCACCCCUGAACGUAUCAAUGUUACAACAAAUGAUGUCUUGUGCUUCGCUUGGUCAGGUUCCAAUGAUAAUCGAAAUAACGUGGCAGGAGAAGGGCAGAGAGGAUCAGACAGAACAAACGUGUGCUGGAUAAAGGAAGGAUGCCAGUCUCUCACACCAAAGGCUUGUACGAGCCUGCCUCUUGAAGUAGUUGAACAGGCUGAUAAGUUUUCUGCUGACAAGUUGAAUCUUCACCUCAAUACUGGAUGUUACAGCGGAAACGAAAAAAAUCUGCAAGCUCAACUGAACAACGCCCCAGCUUCCUGCAACCCGCCUUGCUUCCGCAUCAAGAGGCCUGGGACGUACUGUUACAUGGGCACGCGAAAUAACAACUUCUCCAACCGCCGUCACAUAGGACAGAUCACCGUUACUUAAUGUAGUUCGUUGUGGUAACUGGAGCUAACAUUGUUGGGAAUCAUUUUUCCUACAUAGUAGUGAAUUUUUUUUGAUUCCAUUUAACAGUAUUUCCCUUAAUUUCCUUGUUUGCCUUUUGACAAUGGUUGCUUACAAGUAAUCGGUUGUAUGUCGAUCCUCACAGAUUACAUACGCGUUUGCAUUUCCUAAAAAGAACGCUUUCGUUUAGCAGUAUUAUAAUUAUAACUGUAAAGUAUUUUUUACCAGGAUGGGAGACUGAAGCAGUAAGCACUUCAAUUUCUGUGUUCUCUACUUAUCUAAUGCUAUAAAAAGGGAAAACAGCAAUUGGUGUACAUUCUUAACAAAGUUAUAUAACGAGUAACAAAAUGCAGCUAAGGCUAUAAAAGAUGAAGAGAAAUAAAGGUCAAAUAACCGGAAA